CCGCCUUUCCAUCUCCACUGACUGACGAUGCCCAGCAACGGAGCGACGUCGAGCGAGGGCCACGCGCGCUUCUCGCACAUUGUCAAGUCCAGCGAGGAGUCGGCCUACCUCAGCGCGGCGCCGGACCUCGUCGUCGUCGUCCUCGAUGUGGACCCGUAUGCGUGGGCCGCCGUGGACUCCUCUUCGACGGGACACCUGCUGCGCAAGGUCGUCGUGGAGCUCUGCAUCUUCCUCAAUGCCCACACGGCCAUCCGGCACGAAAAUUCCGUUGCUGUCUACGCUGCAGCACACAACCGGGCCGAGCUGCUGUUCAGCAACGCGCCGCUGAACAGCCAGCAGACAAAGUCGGCGAGGCUGGUCGCUGAGCGAGGCGGGAGCAAGCCAGAUGCCAACACCUACCAGCCCUUCAAGCUGGUCGACGACGCUGUACUUGAAGGUGUCUCGGACUUUCUCGAGGCUUCGAAACCAGCUGCUGAUGGAGAGGCGCGGGCAGACGAGGAAAGGCAUUCAACGGGCAUCGUGUCGGCGCUUGCCCAGGCCCUCUGCCACAUCCACCGGCUCUCGCUCUCGAAUGCGACGGGCGCGGACGCCUCAGCGGGUAUGGGCUCCGUCUCGAUCCACGGUAGCGGGACCGGAGGUGCAGGCUCCGCAGGUCGAUCAGGAGCAGGGACCGCGCGGGGAGGAUACAAGAGCAGGAUCCUGGUCCUGAGCGCAUCGCCCGACAGCAGCAGCCAGUAUGUCCCCGUGAUGAAUUGCAUCUUUGGGGCGCAAAAGAGGGGCGUUCUGAUCGACGUGUGCAAGCUGUUCGGGACCGACAGCGUGUUCCUGCAGCAGGCGAGCCACCUGACUGGUGGCACCUACUUUCGGAUCAAGGACAUCAGCUUGCUUCUGCAAACAUUGAUGGCCGCAUUCUUGGCCUCACCGACGCUUCGAAGCCAGAUCCGGUUGCCGUCGAACGACGACGUCGAUUUCCGAGCUGCCUGCUUCUGCCACGGCAGAAUCGUCGACGUGGGCUAUGUCUGCUCCGUGUGUCUAAGCAUCUUCUGCUCGCCGCGAGAGCGCUGCAUUACCUGCCGCGCCGUCUUCCCUCAACGCACCCUCGAUCGGUACGAAUCGGAAAAGGAGACGUAUGUCGCUUCUGCUGCCGCUGCGUCCUAGAAUCCUCUUCUUUGCAACUUUACAUCCUGUACUUUUAGCAUUACUACCAAUGUAUUCGUCUUUGACAUC